AUGGCGUCGUCCAUGGCGGAGCGCUCUGCAGUGCACAUCUUUAACCUCAUAGAUGAGGGCAAACUCGCCUCGGCGGAGGGGCUGCUGGAGACGGCGUUGUCUAAGCACCCAGACAACCACGCGGUGCUGGCGGCCGAGGCGCUCCUGCUGCUCAAGACAAACCAGCUGGAAAAGGCGAAGGCGAAGGCCGAGGCGCUAAGCGAGCAAAAUGUCCUGGACAAGGACGCAGUAAAUGCCCUUGUUCACGUGCUCCGACACUGCUGUAGCUGGGAGGCGCUGGCUCACACCUAUGAGCGCUUGAAAGAUGGCCAAAAUGAGAAGAACACAAUGGAGAACUUGGCGCAGGUCUACGUGCGCAUGGGGGCCUAUGACGUGGUGCAACGCACGGCGGUGCAGCUCUAUCGUAAAUGGGGGGAUGUGCGGCACCAGGUGUGGGCAGUGCAGGCGAACUUGUGCCAGGUCCCACCCGAGGCGACGGACGACUUUUUGCUUAAGCUCUCCGCAAAGAUGCUUGACGAGAGUAUCUUGAAAAGCAACGGCUUCAUCACCGCCUCCACAUCGCGGAUGUACGUUGAGGUGCUGCAGCGGCAGCGGCUCAACAGCGAGGCCGUGGCGUUCCUUUGCAGCGCCCGGGGUGCUGCAGUGGGGGUCCCCGAGGCCCGACUGGAGCUCUUGGCGGACGCGCUGCGCCGCAACGGCGACUUGGGCAGGGCCAGUGCGGUGGCGCGGCAUCUCUGGCAGCGUCAGCCAGACAAUUGGACGUUCGUGGAUUUGUACCUGAGCACGCUGUCCGAGGAGGACCCCGCCGACGCCGUCUUGGAGCUGGACGGCCCCAGCGAGGAGAGCCGCAUCGUCGUUCAGCUGGCCGCGAAGGAACACACGCUGGCGGACGCGCUGCGCUUCUGCCGCAGCUUGCAGUCCAAACCCGCAUCGGCCGGCGCCAAGCGUCCGUGCCGCGGCCCAUUUAUGGCGGAGCUGGAGAUUCUCUCGCGCCAGGGGGCCACCGAGGCCCUGCGGCAAAAAACGGUCGCCUACGCGAAGCGCUUCUACGCCAAUGCGUGUUGUUUCUUGGAUGUUUCGACGUACUUGGACGAGGCCUCGGCCGCGGCCAUUUACGACUGGUCCUCUGCGGAGAUGAAUGCGGAGGAAGACGUGCUGCGCCACCACACCCGGCGAAUUCUUGGACUGCGCUGUCACGUGGCCGCGUGGGGCGCAACGCGGGAACAGCAGCCGGAUCCCGCGGCUAUGGAGGAGCUCUUGCGGGCGUGCCGCAGCGCGUACGACGAGACCAAGCCGCUCUCUGUGCAGCUUGCAUGGAGCGAGGAGGGCCUUCUCGAUGGCUACAUCACAGUUGCGCUUAACAUCGUUCUGCAUGCCUUUUAUGUGACCCGCGAUUUGGACUGGGUGGAACGAGGGCUCUUAUUACUGGACGCCGUGGACCGCAAGCAAAACAAUCCGACCUGGCUUAUUUACUCAGUUUGCUUUGCUCGCCUGCUGGGUCUGGCAGAUGUCGAGGCGUGGCGCCAGCUGGCCUUCAAGAGCGUGCAGCACGACACAAUGUCACACGUUGGCUACUGGCCGCUCCUGGAGGGCGUUGCGGUGGACGAGGUUUGCCAGUGGAAUGAUUUGGCCUGGGAGCACUACCGUGCGCUAGAGCAGGACUGCGGUCUGCUCCGCUGGAAGGUCUUUGCGUUCGUCUCAUGGACGUCCCUGAAGGACCUCCAGGAGUACGAGCGGCGCCAGAGAAAUUCCCUCGCGAGAGUUGUUUGCGCGGUGCACCGCGUAGCUGCGGCGCUGCGGCGGUGCCAGACGCAGCGCAACGUGUUUGACCUCAUGCGCUCAGAGGAGCACACGCUGGUUGAGGCGGUUGCGUCCCUUCAGGCCUCGCGGGAGGGGGAGCUAACCGACAACACCGACUGGGUCGUGGCGCGGUCCCUGGUGCUGGGGAACAUCCACGGGGAGAAGGUGCGGGCGCUGACGGACGCCCUCGUUGGUAUGCCCACGAAGGAGCAACGCAUCCACCGCACGCGCCAACUGCUGGGCAGCCUCAUGCUUUUGCACGACGUUGCGUUGUUGGAGGAGCACCGCCAGCAAGUGGCAAACACCCCGAAGCCAAAAAAGGCAAAGAAGGCUGCAGCUCAGCCCCCGGCACAGUUGCCGCUGCCGACACUUUUGUGCAAGGAGCACGCCGAUGCGCUGCUGAUGCUUCCUGUGCUGAGCAGCAUCGCACCCGCCCUCUUGGAGCUCGUGGGGACUCAGGGGGAGGGCGCCGUCCUUCCACACACCACCGCUCUUCAGGAGGCGCUGCAGACGACUGUGGUGUCGCCGCAGGCCCACGACUUCCUCUUUCCCGAGGCGUUUAUUUUGACUGCGCUUCUGCAGGUUGGUGCGGUGCCCAAGUUGCCCAUCGCCGCGUGGGCCAAAGACCUCCACAACGCUCUUCAGCAGCUGCAGGAGUUGCACCCCGAUAGCAGGGCGUCAACCGCGCAAGGAUACGCAAAGAAGUUGUUCGAGGCCAAGGCACUACGCGUGAAGUCACUUUCAAGCGAUUUGCUGCGCGACGUCCUUGCCGCAAGUCGCCGACGGUGA